CCGUGGGUAGCGUUUCUCCAUGCCGUAGGCUGACUUCGGGUCUGGGACCCACCUCCACUGGGGCCUCCGGCUCCUGUCCAGCCAACUGCGAAUUGCCGGCGUCCACUGGGUAGACAGCAGACAUUUCCGUAAUACAUUGUCCUGGGCUAAAAUGUCUACAGACCCCAGGAUUGCUACAGGUCAGCUGUCCCCACUGGAGAAGAAAAUCUUGAACUAUCUUUGAUGCCUUCCAGACAAGGUCACCCCCAUUUUCUCUUCUCAAGGCACCUGGCAUCAUCAUAAAGUUUCACUGAAGUCUGGAUAAAAGGGUUCCCAGAGGAGGAGGACAGGGAGCUCACAUCCCUGGAGACACUGGUCAGGACCUCUAGCAGUUCUCUGUUGUCUGUGGGACAGGUGUCCAGCUUUCCAGCCCUGAGCACUCCGUGGCUUCAGAGGAGAUGCGAGACACUGGAGGCCCAUUGACUGAUUCAUUCCACACGUACUGAAUCUUGUUAGUCCACACUGUGCUGACUGACUGAUGGAAGGGUGGGUAGGGCAGGGUCCUCCUCAUCGUGUGAGCUUGCAAUCUCAUGGUCCAGAUGGAGAUUGAUAAUCCUAGUACAGAAGUAAUAAAGCUAAUAGAGACAUCUAAGUGCCUCAGAAACUGGAGAAGGACUGUCUGGCCCUUUGGACUAGAGCUAAAGAGCCCCUUCGUGAAGGUUUACAGCUUUACGGAAUAGGUGGAUGCUCGUGCUGAAGGGGAGAAGUUUGAUAAGCAGAUGAGAAAGAGCACGUGGGCCCAGGAAGCAGCAGGUGCACAGGACCCACACGUUCCUAGAGGUGGGCGCCAGCCAGUGACUCGGAGCAGGAACCGAGGGCCAGUGUCUUCGGAGCCUCAGCCUGGUGUCCCCGGACGCUGGUGGCUGAGCCCUGGUGACCGGCCUCUGAAGCCUGAACCAAAGGUGCGCUGCGUUGUGAAAGAGGGGACUUCACACCGGACGACAGCCCCUCGGGGCAGAGACCUUGGCCUUGGAGAAGCCAUGCCGAAGCCGGAGGCGUCUGCAGAGCCCCUCCAUCUGCUGCGUUUCCCGGAGACCAAAAGCCCCUGGAAGGAGUGCGGCCAGCCUGGGGGGCCGGGCCAGGAGGGGAGAGAGCCGGAAACAGACACCAUGGAGAAGCCUGUCCAGCGUGUGCAGAAACUGCUCCCUCGGGUGGAGGAAGACGCCCAGCAGGAAGCCGCACGGAGAGAGUGCAGGUGGAGGGCGUGGGUGCAGAAGCCAGUCACCUUUGAGGAUGUGGCAGUGAACUUCACCCAGGAGGAGUGGAUGUAUCUAGAUGCCAGUCAGAGGGCCCUGUACCAGGACGUUAUGUCAGAGACCGUCAGAAACCUGAUGUCUGUAGAUCUGGUCACGAAGCUUGAAGAAGAAGAACAGUGGAGGACUGAGCUCCAGCUCCAACCCCCAAAUGGAGAAGGCCUCCCUUCAGGAAGCAGGAAGCAGGAGCUUCCAGAAGGGAGUCCAAGCAGCAGGGGCAGAGAUGAGGAGGUCCCCCUUGCUUGCAAAGGCUCAGGACGACCCUGUGCCCCCAUGGGUUCCGGGCCCAGGGCCCCUGAGUGUUCAGCCCCCCAGGCCGGGCCACCGUUCACCUGCCACGUGUGUGGCAGGACUUUCAGGAAGCGCUCCAACCUGCACAGCCACCAGUUUGUGCACAAUCCCCACAAGACUAACAGCUGCGGCCAGUGUGGGAGGUCGUUCCGGAACCCCAGGGACCUCAGCUACCACAGGCGCAUGCACCUGGGGGAGAGGCCCUUCUGCUGCCCACUCUGUGACAAGACCUACUGCGACGCCUCGGGGCUGAGCCGUCACCGCCGUGUGCACCUGGGCUACCGGCCCCACUCCUGCGCCCUCUGUGGAAAGGGCUUCCGGGACCAGUCUGAGCUCAAACGCCACCAGAAGACCCACCAAAACCGGAAGCCGGUGGCCAGGGACUGGAAGCAUGUUGUGAGCCCUCCAGGCUCCAGCGCUCUGUCUUGGGAGCCCCUGGACAGGAGCCAGGCGAGCAGCCGGGAGCCCGCGGCCGGGACCCGAAAACCUGUAUUUGGAACCAAGGGUCCUGUAGCUCAGACCCAGCCACCUGCAGACAGGAAGCAGGCGAUCGCUGUGAAGCCUCGGGCACCGGCCACAGCAACCCCGGGGCCUGAGACCGGGACCCAGGAGCCUGACACCAGAGCCCCCUGCCUGGACACCAGUUCCCCAGCGAAGCCUUCAGGACUCCAGGUCUCCUCUGGCCCUCGCUGCGCCCCGACGCUGAGCGGGAGAGCCUGUCCGUCCAGCCACCACAAGGCCCACGUCACCGAGCCACGCUGCUGCUUCCGCUGUGGCAAGGCCUUCGGGUCCCUGUCGGGGCUGGCCAGACACCAGCACACGCACUGGAGGCAGCAGGUGUACCGCUGCCCCGCCUGUGACGUCUGCUUCGGGGACAAGGAGGGCCUCGUGGGCCACUGGGGGGCUUCCAAAGGCAAGGACCCAUGUCUGGGCAGCCCCCACGCGUGCCGGGCGAUCCUGGCCCAGUGGCUUGGCUUCUUCCGAGACACCUCCCCUUUGGCAGGAAAGGAGCCGGUUGUGCCCCGGGAUCUGGGCCCUGGGCCCCCAGGAGAGGGCAGUGGGGAGGGGAGAGGGGGUGCAGAGCCGAGAAAGCAAGUGAGGCCGUGAGGGUCUCGGGACAUGAAGAAGCAGCCGUUCUGUGCGCCUGCGUUUCCUAGUCCUGACCUCCGGGCACAGGAAGGGGUGAGGGGUCACGAGGGAAAUGCAGAAAGGAACAGGGGUGAGCAGUGGUUCACGGAAACCUGUAUUAUCAUUACUUAGCACCUGCUUGUUUCUUUGUGUCUGACAGACCAUCAAGUAGUAAUUGUUGCAGAAAACAGUGGAGGCUCUGAUGGACGGGAGGGAAGGGGGCUGCGGGCCACGUCCGGGCUCCCCAGGGUCUCCAGCAGCUCGCUCACUCAGCUCUCAUGGUUUGGACCCUUCCUGCCCCUUCCCGCAGCCCUCCACCUCUCUGCCCUGCCCCUCAGGACUGGCAUCUUGGAAGAAACAACCACCAUUUUCGAGGUUAGAGCACUGGAAUGUGCAACAGGGGGGUCCUGGUCACAGUCCGAGGCUGAGAGCCUGCUGCCUGUGUCGCUGUCCAGCUCAGGUGACCUCAUCAGGGAGAGGAGCGCCCGCCUGGCUGUGGCCAGAGGGGGCUUCCAGAAAGUCCCUGCAGCGAGGAGGCCAAUGAGUGAGUGUUCAACAUGGGGGAUCCGCAUCCUGAGGGCCGGUCCAUGGGCCAGUCCAGCUCAGAAGGGGUUUCCUGGAAAGAGGAGACAGUGACUUGAAAAUCUGUCAGUGGUUACCAUCACCAACCCAUUAAACCCGAGGACAGGGAAAGCCCUGGCGAAGCCUCUCUCCUCCAUGGUUGGUCUUGGAGGUGAGGUGCCAGGUGGCUGCUGGACAGUGUGGGAACUGGGCAGUGCGUGGGAGAGGCCCCUGCCUCCCCCUUGGGGUCGCUCAGCUGCCCCCACUUCCUUUUUCUGCCUUCCUGGCCCUUGGUUCUCAGCUUACAAAAGGAAGAAAGGAAGAAAACUUACUUAGCUCUUCAAGAAAUUGCCCUGAAAAAAGAGAGAGAGAAAUGGGUGACCGGUGGAAGAUGACGGGCCCCCUCCCCACAUAGUCCCUGAGGAGUCUGGGGUUGGCCUUGGGGACACAGGGGCGACAAAAUCCAGUUCCCUGCAUCUUAAGCCCUGGUCCCACUCUUUCCCUGUUCGGGGAUGACCUGGUGCCCCAUUGCUCUGGUCACCCUUGUGGCCCUGUGCACCUGCCAGUCUCCGAUGCAGCCAGUUGUAGCAGAUGACCAGGGCAAGCAGGGGUCCGAGCACCGGCACCAGCGUGAACAGGGUGAUCUUCCAGCAGGGCACCCUCAGGAAGUGCGGGUCUGGGUGGGUCACAGAACAAACGGGAUUAACGACUGUGUGUCCUUUGAGCCCCACCCACCCGCACUCCUUUCAUUGUCGGCAUUCUCAACCUGGGCUCCAGGAACCCACAGGGGUCUGCAGAGAGCUCAGGGCGUUUGUGAACUUGGGGGAGAAAAGCAGUAUGUCAUCAGCAGUGCCUGUGCUUUUAUCGCAGGUGGAAACCACAGAUGACUUUCAUUCCCAUUGGGGUUGUUGCUGAAUUCUCAAAAUGUUUGCCAGUGUUUUGAAAUUGUAACUUAUUAGACCUGCUGCUACAUUCUUAUUUAAAGCAUUUUUGUUAUUUAAAGAAACAUUCGUUACUAUAUUACAGAUCACAUGUUACUAAAUGCAAAUGUGUUUAUAUUUUGAUACCUGUAUUUCAAUUCAGUGGUUCUCUUUGCACUCCUCUGUGUUAUGGUUUAUGUGUACAUUUAAAAACAUUUUUCUGGAAAAGGGUCCAUUAGACUUUGCCAGAAUGCCGAGGAGAUUCACGGGACAGAAAGAAUCUGCAUGAAUCCUACAAAACAAAGAUCUUGGUCCUCCCUG